GUAGAGGCGUAUCGUGUUGAUGAUUACUGGUGUGGAGAAGUGUAAAACACUGUCGGUAGAACAUCUAGUACUCUCGCGCUGAGAGGGCGGGCUUAUUCCUCUUUAAGCCGCUAGGCACAGGUUGUAUUCGCCGGUAAGACUGAAGUUGUAAACGGACGGAUAUAUGGUCAAACACAUGAGAGGGACGGGCAACAAAAGGGAAAUAUUGGGAUCACGGGUAUGUAUGAGUGGCGAGAUGUCAUCUUUAGAGGAUAUCUUUUCCACUAACCAGUGCCCAACUGCUGUCUUUACCUCCCAAGGCACAGAUGUCACUACAAACGGUGACCGUGGAGUAUGUAAGAUUGUGAAACAGCAUGGUGUGGAGGGGGAAAGGCCGAUGAUUGGGGACAAGGUGUUUGUCCACUACACAGGCAGACUACUCAAUGGAAAGAAGUUUGACUCUAGCCUAGACCGCAAGGAGCCUUUUGUUUUCAAUGUGGGAAAAGGUCAGGUCAUCAAGGCGUGGGAUAUUGCUGUGUGUUCCAUGCAGAAAGGAGAGGUGUGCCUGAUGCUCUGUAAGCCUGAAUAUGCGUACGGUUCAGCUGGCAGCCCACCAAAGGUUCCUCCCAAUGCCACACUUGUGUUUGAGAUAGAGCUGCUGAGCUUCAGAGGGGAGAAGAUUACAGAAGAUGGUGGGAUCAUGAAGAGAAUAAAGGUCAAAGGUGAAGGUUAUAACAGUCCAAAUGAAGGGGCCACUGUCCAUGUACACUUGAACGGGUGGUGUGGAGGUCGGUUAUUUGAGUCUCGGGAUGUCACCUUUGUUGUGGGUGAAUCAGAGGACAUGGGGGUUCCUUUUGGAGUGGACAGGGCCAUGGAGAAAAUCCAAAAGGGCGAAUGCUGUUUAUUAUACUUAAAGCCCCGGUACGGUUAUGGCAAAGAGGGUAAAAAAGAAUAUGACAUUGGAUCAAAUGCAGAACUAGUUUAUGAAGUGACACUGAAGGACUUUGAAAAGGCCAAAGAAUCCUGGGAAAUGGACCUUAAUGAGAAAUUGGAACGUGUUGUUUUAGUCAAACAAAAAGGGACGCAGUAUUUCAAGACUGGACUGUACAACCAUGCUGUAAUUCAGUACCAGCAGAUUGUAAACUGGUUAGAGAUGGAAUGUGGUACAGAUAAGGAGCAUCUACAAGCCAUCCAGUCUUUCCUCUUAGUGGCCCAUCUGAAUCUGGCUUUGUGCUAUCUGCGGUUGCGAGAGUAUUCUCAAACAGUGGAUAACUGCAACAAGGUAAUGGAGUUGGACCCAGAAAAUGAGAAAGCACUAUAUCGGAGAGGUGAAGCGCGUCUGUUGCGCAACGAGUUCAGCCUGGCCCUGGUGGACUUUAGGAAAGUUUUGCAAGUCAACUCCUUCAACCGCGCUGCCCGCAGCCAGAUUGCCAUCUGUCAGCGCAAGAUUCGUGAGCAUCAUGAGCGUGACAAGAAGAUCUAUGCAAACAUGUUCCAGAGGUUUGCUGAACACGAUGCUAAGGUGGGCCGAAUAAAAAGGAAAAAAGAAGAGAGUGGAAUUUCAGAUCAGAAUAAACCGGGACUGAAGAGACCACGUCUCAGUCAGGACAGCUCCUAAAACUCCAGAUGCUAUUCAGGGGGCCCAAGUAAGGAAGGACAGGCUGUGGGGAUGGCUGGCUCGUCCUAGACUACGUCAUAAGAGAGGCUAUGGGUUCGGGGGCUGGACAAGUCCUCUGUAAGCCUUGACCUCUGACCUCAUCAUCUCCCAGACUGGAAACAUAUGCUGGGACAUAUUCUAAUAAUUAGGUUUAAGGAUAUUGAGGAGCUGCAAACCUUAAUGCCAUUCCUACAAGAACACAAAACAAACAACAACAAAAACCAAAGCGCAUAAUUUAAUGACCACCUGUAAACCUCUGCGGUGCACGCCUCAGCUCUCAGAAAGGCAUUCAUCUGCUGCAUUAAUGCGAAAGCAUAUGGUUUAAUAUUAUAUUGCAUUAUAGACUUGAAUACAACCUAGUACCUUACCAUGUACUGUAAUUGUGCAGUAUUCAGUGUAAUUGCAUCGACUUUGUGCAUUAUCAGAUUAGGAGUUUACGUUUGCAGUGGUGGGGUGUGCACUGGAGGCUUGAUGUUUUUUGUAUUAUAAUUGUAUAAGUGUGUAUGAUAUUUAGAUGCAAGUGACCAUAGUGGAUAGCUGGACCUAAAAGUGCAAUCCUCCCUUUGGAGAAAACCUAUUUUGUGAGUCUCCCAGCUGUAUUCACAGGAGUCACAGCAGGCCCACAUUCACAAACACACUUUUGAUACUUCUGUGGGACUUGUGCAUGCUUCUUUACUGCCUCCUGGGAACGUCCUAGAUUUGGAACUAUAUUUACAGGUCAGUUUCAACCUGAAACCCGGUAGAUAUACUGGUCUGAAGUUCAAUAGCUAUAUUUUUGAGCUGAGUUUCCAUUACAGUUUGAAGUUCAAAUGGUUUUUAGGGAAAUCUUUUGACAAGAUAGGAAUAUUUCAAAUAACUGUUCUCUUAAAAACCUACUUGUUCAUUUGAUCAAAUAUUAACUUGUGUGUUUUGCAUGUUUUUCAGUAUGUUCCCCAUGUUUCAGACAGUUUUAAUAAUAUUAAUAAUAAACAGUUUGUUAACUUUUUCUGUUUACCGUUUGAUGCAGUACAGCAGGCCUGUCAAUAAAUCUUUGUUAAAGAUGUAUGUGCAUUAAUGUAGUGGUUUGUCAACAUCUAAUCCUCAACCUCAUUCAGAAGGUUUGUAAGCAAGUAACUUCAUGACAGCUUCAGUUCCCAAGCCUUGAUUUAUU